AUGAGCAACGAAAAGGAGCUCGAGAUUGAGGCUAACUCUCUUCGCAGAGUAGCAUUCUUUGGUGUUGCCAUCUCCACGAUGGCUACCCUCGUUUGCGUCAUCUCAGUCCCUAUGCUCUACAACUACAUGCAACAUAUGCAGUCGGUUAUGCAGAGUGAGGUAGACUUCUGUAAAUCUCGUUCCGGAAAUAUCUGGCGGGAAGUUACCCGGACACAGGUACUCGCCAAGGUCUCUAAUGGAGCUCUAAGAAGUCGCCGUCAAGCUGGAUACAGCUCUGCCGGAGUUGAGGGUAGCUUUGAGUCGGCCCCU